AUGGCUCCUGAAAACUUCACCUGGGUCACUGAGUUUGUCCUCACAGGUGUCUCGGGCAGGCCAGACCUCCAGAUUCCACUCUUCUUUGUUUUCCUGGUCAUCUACGGGCUGACCGUGGCUGGGAACCUGAGCAUCAUCACUCUCACCAGUGUUGACUCUCAACUUCAGACCCCCAUGUACUUUUUCCUCCGGCACUUGGCUAUCAUCAAUCUUGGCAACUCUACUGUCAUUGCCCCUAAAAUGCUGAUCAACUUUUUAGUAAGAAAGAAAACCAUCACCUACUAUGAAUGUGCCACCCAACUGGGAGGGUUUUUGGUUUUCAUUGUAGCUGAGGUUUCCAUGUUAGCCGUGAUGGCCUACGACCGCUAUGUGGCCAUUUGUAAUCCCCUGCUCUACAUGGUGGUUUUAUCUCGCCAGAUCUGCCUUCUGCUGGUAUCACUCACUUAUGCCUAUAGCUUUUCCACAGCUAUUGUGACGUCAUCUUCUGUAUUCUCUAUGUCUUACUGCUCUUCCAAUGUGAUCAAUCACUUUUACUGUGAUACUGUCCCUCUGUUAGCCUUGUCCUGCUCUGAUACUUACUUCCCAGAAACAGUCAUUUUUGUAUCUGCAGCUACAAAUUUGGUUUGUUCCAUGACUAUAGUUCUAGUAUCAUAUUUCAACAUUGUUCUAUCCAUUUUAAGGAUACGUUCAUCAGAAGGAAGGAUAAAAGCCUUUUCCACAUGUGCUUCCCAUAUGACAGCUGUCACAGUUUUCUAUGGGACACUAUUAUUCAUGUAUUUGCAGCCUCGAACCAGCCAUUCACUGGACACUGAUAAAAUGGCUUCUGUGUUUUACACACUUGUGAUCCCCAUGCUGAAUCCCAUGAUCUAUAGCCUGAGGAAUAAGGAUGUGAAAGCUGCCUUAAAGAGAUUGCUGACAAAUGUAUUCUGUUCUUUUAAAUCCAUGUGA